UGUAUAUCCACUUCCUGUAAGACGCCUAUGAAAUUUCUACGAAAUGUCAAGGGAAAAUAUUUAUUGCAUUUGAUAUUGACAGCGUAAUAGUCAUCUAUAUGAAAGAAACCACCAGCUAACCCUAAUAUGGCCUGGGCAAGUAAUCUUCCACAAGAACUUCUUUGUCGUCCAACUGCCUUGGUGUCCCUCACCGGACUAGACGUAACAUACAAUGCUAUCCAUAAACUAAUCUGGGACUCCUUCUUCAAUAACCGUCGAUCUGAUCGUGUCCCACUACAGUUCAAGGUCACUGCUGGAGAUCACGAGUACCCAAAGUGUAGAACUAAUAAGCGCCAGUCUUAUGAGUGGUACAUUCCCAAAGGUGCACUGAAGAAGUCAUGGAUGAACAAACACUUAAAUCAAGUCCCUGCUGUUGUUGUUAUUUUCUUUGACCUAGACUGGGAUGAACACCUCUGGAAGGAGAAGCAGAUGGAGUGUGCCACACGUGUGGAAAUUGUUAGGAACAGCCUUCUCAACAGAGGGACAAAGGUGGCUGUGGUACUUAUCCAGAAAAAUGCUCCCCUGCCCCCUGGGGAGGAUGUAGUGGCUGCAGAGAGGGCCGCCUCACUGUGUAGUGCAUGUGAUCUGUCUGCCAAGCAGCUGUAUGUUCUACCCCACACUGACCAUCUCAUUGGCUACACCAUUAGAUUGGAGAAUGCAUUUUAUGAGUUGGCUCAGAGCUACUAUCAUGGAGAGGCUAGGAAAGUCAAGGCACACAGAGACUUCCUUAACAAAACGACCCACCAGCUUUUGUUUGUUCGGCAUCAGUUUAAGAUAGCGUUCUUCAGUGAACUAAAGCAGGACAGCCACACAGCAUUGAAGCAUUACAAACAGGCAUACGGACAUCUACUAGAAUUGAGGAUGCAUGAUACCAACCUUCUGGAGAUUAAGUCUAUAGCUGGUUUUAUUAACUACAAGAUUUGUCGACUCUCAUUCCAACACAAUGCACCUCUGGACUCCAUUGCUCAGUUCAGGAAGCACAUUGACUUUUUCAAAAGUAAAGUUGGAAUAGCUGAGCUUGCUUUUGAACACAGUGCCUGGAUGUCGAAACAGUUUCAGGUAUUUGGAGAUCUGUUUGAUGAGGCUAUCAAGCUAGGUCUAACGGCUAUUCAGACCCAACACCCUGGCUUUUACUAUCAACAGGCUGCUAAUCACGCUGUCAACAGGAAACAGCUCUGUCGCAGAUUCUGUAAGCCCCUGACACAGUUGGUCCACCCAGAUCCUCUAGAGUUUUUGGACAACUUGGAUUUUUAUGGCCAAAGGCCAUGGCGUCAAGGACACCAGACUGGCAUUGAUCCACCUGACAUGCAAAGGGAAAGAGAUGGAAUCGCUGCUCUUCAGAACAUGGAGAUACAAGUUGAUCACUCUUGGAUCAUCAUCCCCCUAUUGAACAGUGCUGUAGCUCAGUUUAAGAAAUACAAGUCACCAAGGAUGAAGCGAUACCUAAUGGUACAGAUGGGGGAGGAAUAUUUCCAUGCCAAAGAUUACAACAAAGCUCUCAUGCUACUAAACAAGGUGAUGUGGGAUUACCGAGGGGAGCGAUGGUGGCACCUGUUGGAUUCGAUAUUGGAUAUCUCCCUUAAGUGUGCCUAUCUGACAUGCAAACUCCAGGAGUAUGUCUCAGUCUGUUUGGAGCUUAUUGGUAGCUACAGCAUGCGUUCACCCGAGGAGAAGACAAGGAUACAAAUGAAUCUAAUAAGAGUCAUAUCAAACGACUCUCCGGAACCAGAGCCAGGUUUAGACCCUAUAUGUGUAGACAAUGCUCGACGCCUGUGGAUCAGCUGCUCUACAGAACCCUGUGUAUUCAGUAUAGACAUGCAAAAUAUUGUCCCAUUUGUUGAGUGUAAGGCCUGCUUCAGUACAGAAACAGUAGCUGCUGAUACAGAGGUACAACUGGAAGUCUUCAUAAGAGUGAACUGUCCAUUUCCUGUGAGGUUCAGCAAGCUGUCGGUGUUCCUGAAUAACCAGCAGUAUAACCAGUACUGCCAGGUGGUUGACGGCCAUGAGGUAUCGGCCGGGUCUGAAGCAGACUCAAGGGGUGGAGACCUGUACCUGGUGCCUGGCCAGACAAGGCUCUACACAUUCAACUUCCUCCCAGUGAAGGACGAUGUGGAAACACAACUUGAGAUUUCUUCACUGGUACUGGAGCUUGGAACAGAGGCUGGACGAUGUGCUAUGUUACAGUGGAUGGGAGCUGGAGGACCGGCAGUAUCUCCAGUACAAACAGCACAGUUGCUGUUACCAAGGAAACCAGUCUUACCUGGCUGUCCAAUAGAUUGGGAUGCUGUAGAUGUAAGAGCGACCACAAGAAUUGUUCCACGAAAAGCCAAGUUAGAUGUUCUUAUCCAACAUGAACCACCUUGUCUACUCAACGAGUUUUACCUGUUGAGACUGGAGAUGACUAACAAGGAGGACACGGACAUUGAGGACAUUAGGUUAUCCUUUGGUAUCCAGGGAGACGAGACAGCUAGGGAAUCAGAGCAGACUUCACAUGUGUGUUUGGAGACCCCUGAGUUUGACAAUGUGGUGGAGUAUUGCAGAAAAGAUGUGGCCCUCAAUAAACUGGAAACAGGCAAAAAGCUUUCUCGCUGUUUAUUUGUCAAGAACAUGCAGACUGGUGUUAAGGUCCUAUUUGUCAAGCUGGUAUAUACGGUGGCUGUGUCUAAGAAACAGCAGAUCAUCACCUGUACCUGUGAACACGAAGAGACCAUCACCUUGACAACAGCGACACCCUUUGAAGUGUCAGUAAAACUCAACUCCUUAAAGUUUGAGCAGAUAGAAGCUAUUCAGAUUGAGGAGCCAUUCCUGUUGCUCCCCGAACUCAAAUGUACCUCUCCCUGGCCAGUGGAACUGCAGUCAAGUCAACUCCAAAUGUCUCCCUUUGUACAGAGUGCUGAUGAGGAUGCACCAUCACAACUACAGGGAGUGUGUUUGAAGAAGUCUGAGUGUGCUGCAGAGUGUAUUUGUCUACAGACCAUCCACUGCCUUCAGCCUUCUAUCUCCCUGGGGACGUACACAGUAUACUGGAGAAGACAUACUGAUGAGAGUAAAGAUCUACCCUUUGUGACAACAUCUUUCCCUUUACCCAUUGUAAACACUGAGCACAUUCCGAUCUCUAUGGAGUUGCGUCUUCCGGCAUAUGGAAGUGUAAAGAACCUGCUGCCACUCUCUUACAUCAUAAAUAACCGCACCCCCUAUCCUCAGGAGAUGGAAGUAACUAUGGAGGCCAACGAUAGUUUCAUGUUUUCUGGUAAUAAACAGUUUCAUUUCCGAAUCCUACCAAGCAAAGCCUACAAUCUAACAUAUAACCUGUUUCCACUGGUCGCAGGUCAUGUAGCAUUGCCCAAACUUCAUGUUAACAUGCUACGUUACCAGGGCAACAUAGAUCUCAUCACACAGAAGAUGAUUCCCACUCACGUCUUCAUCAAGGUUGGUACAACGUAUAACUUCAAUCAAUGUUUUGAAGCCCACUGGCAAGACACUGGACUCAUCAGGAUGAGGUGGAGUGCCUUUGGAGGACAAAACAACAAUUAACUAGAUAAACUCAUAAUGUGUUGCAAUUUCUUGCCAGCUUUGACUCAGAUAUAAAGUCAUUGGACAAGGCAUAGUCUGCAUUUUUACAUAUUCAUGUGAAAGAUAACGAAUAUUGCCAGCUUAUCCAUAUCACCACAAAAGCACUUUCUUGUGUAAAAAUCACAUUGCUUGUGUGAUAUAAACAGGGAAUUACGGUACUGCAAUUAUCAUGCUCUUUGUGUCAAUAUGAAUAUUCAUUGCUUAUGUGAUAGAUUCUCUAACUCUUAAUGAUCAUGUUUAGCUGAUAUGAUAUUUAUCAUGCUGGAAUAAUACAUUCAAUGACAUUUUCCCAUGAAUAAUAAAAAAAAUAUUCAAUUUGGUGAAAAUAGGAUAUAAGUAUACGAAUUAAAAUUUUGACAGGAAGCUAGAUAUUUCAAAAAUUGAUGUUUAGAAUUAUCAGUGUGUAAAGUCAAUGAUGUACUGGGCAUGAGAGUAUGUUACAGUAGCAGUCUGUUGUAGUAAUGUAUUAUGAUUUUGUGAUGAAGAGGGACCAGUGCAAUACUUGUUUGAGCAUCUACAUCAUGUCUUCAAAUGCUAAACAUUUGCCUUUUUGUGAUAAAAGGCUUGAAUGCAGAUUAUGGUAAUUUAAAAACUGCUCGAUAUGUUGGUUGUCAAGUAUUAGUCUGCUUAUAAUUGAAUGUCAAAUUUGGAAUUCUGUGACCUUAUUUUAGUUGUGUACAUGUACUAACCCACAUAAAAUAGAUGUGUGAUUGGCCUUUAUUGUACUAGAUAACCAUUUCAUUCCUGCUGAAAUUCAUAAUCAGCACACAUACUAGGAAUUCAAUCAAGACAAUUCAGUGUUAUGUGUAUUUACAUGCAAUUGUGCUUAUGAAGAUAUUAGACAGAAUAUUACAGUUUAUUGUUUUUAUUUAUUUAUAUUUCUAAGAAUUCUGUUGAAAGAAUCUGGAUUUAAAUACCAAGUCUUUAUCAUUAUUACAUAUGUAUAGUGUAGUGAUCCUGUGUAAUGUUAUAAAAAGCAAUGCUAUCUUUCUUUUUGUCUCCUCCUUUUGUAAACAGAAAUUGAAAAAAAAAUGUUGACAUAUAUUUGAAGGCAAAAAUUUGUAUCUAUCCAUUGAUGUCCUAACAAUUAAGAACCAAGGUAUAAGUUUAAACAGUUGUUUUAAAAGAUCCAUUCAAUAUUUUACAAAAGCAUAACAUGAAAGAUAGCAUUAAUUCCUAAGUGGUCUGUUUGUAAUAUUGUAUAAUAGAUGCAAUUAAAAUUCUUCUGUUGUCAAUGUCAAAUUACAAACAAAAUACGAAAUAAAGUGAUUUCUAAUGCUU